AUGGCUGACGCCGCCGAGCUAGCCUUCCAGCGCCUGGUCGCUGCCAACCCGCAGGCAGUCGUGGUCGGCAAUGGAACGAGUGAGCACGGGUCGAGUGAGCAGCAAGACGCUGAUGCCGCCGAGCUAGCCUUCCAGCGCCUGGUCGCUGCCAACCCGCAGGCAGUCGUGGUCGGCAAUGGAACGAGUGAGCACGGGUCGAGUGAGCAGCAAGACGCUGAUGCCGCCGAGCUAGCCUUCCAGCGGCUGGUCGCUGCGAAUCCCGAUGCAGUUGUGGUUAGUGUGCUAGGGGCGAGCUCCGAUCCGGCAGCGGUUGAGGAGACGCUUGCGCGACGCGUUGUCAACGACGCUGCGGUCUCGACUUGGCUGGAGUCAAAGCCGGAGAUGGUCGGCGCGCCGCUCCCCGCGCUGACCCCGUCAGGGUGGCUGUCGAACUCGUCCACUGUGCAGGCGCUGAGGGCAGGGCAGCUCUUGCGCCUCGAGCAGGCUUUCGACGAUGCGUGCGCGCGCUCCGUGCACACGGCGCUCGGCGGGCUGCCGGAAGAGGCGUGGUCGCACCACGCGAGCAGGCAGCCGGGCUUCCAGUACGCGCACUCCAACAUCUACUGCUCGGAUGCGUCCCGCUUGGCCUCCGCGUGCCCCGCCUACGCCACGGCGUGCCGCUGGUUCGAGAGGGAGGGCCUCACCUGGUUCGAGGCGGCCUUCGGCUGCCGAGGCCGAGUGGUGGUGAGCGCAUCUUGGUACCGCGAGGGCGACUACUCCACGCCGCACUGCGACCUCGGCGACCUGCGGCGGGUCGCUUUUGUGUGGCACCUGACGGGCGAGUGGGACGAGCGGAGCGGAGGCGACCUCGUGUGGUGCUCCCCCCACCGCCGCUUUGCACCCAGCUUCAACACGCUCUUCCUCUUCCCGGUCCACGGCGCGAGCCACCACUUUGUGCAGCCCGUCGCGGCGGGCACCCCGCGCGCGCACCGACGCCUCGCCAUCAACGGCUGGUUCUGCUGCGAGGACGAAGCGUGGGAGGCGGCGGUGGGGAGCGCCGGGCUGAGCGAGGCGGCCGUGCAGAUGUUGCACACGUGGACGCCAUAA